UAGUUGGAUUUUCACGUUUUGCCGCGUCGCUUCUUUUGCACGACGUGCGGUGGGGAGCUCUGUAGAAGAGUUUCAACGACAGGCCAUGAGGCUGCUGCAUAUGAUGCGCCUAGCCCAGCUGCAACAUGGUGAAGUACUCGAGGAGCUGUGUUCUCGAUACACUCGCGUUCUUGAGCAUUGUCCGUCCAUGAUUCGAGCACCUUUCACUACCACUGAAGACCUGGAGGCAUUUGACAGCACCCUGAACGAGAGCAAGACAGCUCAACUGAUUGACGAACUCUGUCGCCUUGGGGGUUAUGAUGUUGGCCACGCAACACGGAACAUCCUGUGCUACAUAUUGACCGACUCCUUGGCGGAACAGUGUACAGCUGGAUCGGCCAGAAAGGCAAACGAAAAUUCGCAGUGCUCAACUUCCCCAGCAUCAUUUUCAGUACGGAUACCAUACCUUCAAAUGCCGUCUCCAUCACAGUGCAACGGGCUGUACGAGCAAACACAAAAGGUCCACAGCAAACAAGGUGGAAGUGGGGACGCAUAUCAAGGCAUGGUUGCGACAUGCUAAAGACCGAGAAAAAAAGCUGGCGAGAGCAACUGUAGAAUGAGCACAGCUUAUGCACAGGGAGCUUUUUUGUUUUAAACAAUUGUCUGAGUAAGUAUAGUUCUCAGCGCUGCAUGCGUCCGCUACAGCUUCGCUACUAUGACCACUGAUGGCUAUUUAGAUAAAAUGUGUUAACUUUUUCAUUGGGGCUUUCAAAGAAAGGUGUAAUAACUGUAUGAUAACUGUAUUGGAGGCAGUUCAUUUGAAAUACGAAAUUUGCAAAGAAAUGUGGAAUGUGAAGAAUAUUAAUGAGGCAAAUAUUAAAAUUGAGAUGAAAGAGUACAAUAGUAGACUUGUAUAGAAUAAAAUGUCAGAAUGAAAUUGAGUGAAUGAUAAUUCAAACUAUACUGGGUGUCUCACUUAGAUCCCCGGGCUAAAUAAUUCGCUAAUGUGUGCACCAAACGAAUAACUUUCUUUUUUAUUUUCUGUCCAAUACCACCCACAAGCUGCACUCUGUGUG